AGGUGAUCCGCGCCCUGGACAAAGAAAACGAACUGGCUUCUUCGCACCAACAGCUCAAAGCGAGCAGCUCGAAUCUGAUCCGGAGUGGUGCGGAUAUGCAGCACCAGAUUGCAGCGCAUUACUUCCCAGGCGCGGGGUGGCUUUCAAAUAUGUCUUUGCAUUGUCUCCCUCAGAGAUAUACACUCUGUCGUCUAACGACAGCCCUUGUGCAUGACCAUACUUUCUUUCUAUGCUUGUAGGGCCCAAACCCGAGACACCGACCCAUCCACUCCCUGUCCGUGUGGCUCUGGACCUUGAUGCCUCGCGACAGAAGGCACAGAAAACCAAGAUUGCAUCGCUGGCGGAGCAAAGGCGAAACAGGCGAAUGAAGGACCUCUUGAGUCUCAUCGAGCUCGAUGUCUGCAUAUACAGCCAUUUUGAAUUGGCUCCACUCAACGAAUACGAGCUGUACAUACGCAACUAUGGAUCGUCCAAUGCCGUUCAGGCGUCCACGCAGUGCAACGACGACCAGUGCGAACGCGAGUGCCAGACCGAGGACUGGGAAAUCGAAGACAAAUGGACGCAGGCGCCUCCCGAGAGCUUUGUGGACUCGGCAUCGAGCACUUGCCAGCUACCUUGGCUCUCUGCGAGCGAGUCUCGACGCAAGCCAAAGGCAGGACGUCCAAACGCCCCAUCGGCGUCGUCCGGAAAGCUGUUUGCAACCGAAUACGACACCGAACGGCUGAUCAAGUUUCUGAGAAAGUCGUCGCGGGUGAUGAACAUUCUCCUAGACGAGAAUUCGGCCCGACAAGAGGGCGCAUUCGAUCGGCGGGUGGACGAUUCUCUCAAGUCGAUCUGCGACGGGACGGCGACCCUGGCGAUCCCGCAGUUUUUGAAAGGCUAUGUUCCAUCCAAAGUACUGUUUUCUCCCACGGACCAUCGGAUGUUCCUUGCCGUGUGGAAGCUUGCUGACACGGCAACGAAUCCUGAUGCCGCUGGCCCCAACGCCAUCAUCAGCUUGUGGAGACUGAGCGAUCCCACGGUCCCGUACAGAAUUCUGAUCUGUGAGCCAGCAGUUGAGUGUGUCUCGUUUUCACGGACCAAACCCCAUCUCAUCUUUGGCGGCACGGCGGAUGGGUCGAUCCAGGUGUGGAACCUGCUCGAUCAGCACCAGCAACACACUCGCCACACCAACUUUAUCGAUGUCUCGAGCGACGUCGUCGAUGUCGUUGUGCAGACCCCGAGCUAUUCCACCGACGGACUGUAUUCGCUGGAGCGAGCACACGAGGACGUGAUCAAGAAUGUCGUGGUUGUCGAGACCGAGCCACUCCUGGCGAGUGGACGCUUGGGCCGGAAUCUUGGUCAAGAAGCGGCUCAAACCCUGGGCUGGAAUGCAUCAGCCGAGGCCGACGAAACGACGGCCCGAGUCGAAAGCGGAUCAUGCCAGCUGGUGACGGUCGACGAAUCCGGGGUGCUCUGCAUUUGGGUGGUGAUCGAGUAUCGAGAAGAGUCGUUCUCGGUCAACGAGCUGGACUUUGGCAUGGCGAUUGGGAGCUGCGUCAAGCUUGUCAAGACAUAUCAAACCAAUGUGAUACCUUCGGCCAAGGCCGAUGUUCCCUCCGACACGAUCGUCUACGACUGUCAGAGCUAUCCCACCAACACGGACCAUUUUCUAGUGCUCUCGACACACGGCGUCGUGCACUAUUCGCGGUGCCAGGACCGACCCAACCCUCCGACAUUCUUUCCAGCCUUCCCAGCGCUCGACGACUCUAUCGCGCUGCCGGGAGGCAAGCAAGAGCUCUACACGGCCGAAUUCUUUGCUCCCAAAGACCAGCCUCGGGCCCUCAGCUUUUCGCCGCACCACCGCAGUCUCUUUGUGGUUGGGUACGAAUCGGGGUUGGUCUGUCUGUUCUCGAUCUCUCAUCGGGUUGCCUUGGCGCACUGGCGAGUCGACGGUGCGGUGCUGUCGCUCGUGUGGUCGCCGCACCGCCAGGCGGUGUUUUACUGUCUGGACGAAGCCCAGGGUCUGUACGUAUGGGACCUGCUCGAGCACCACGCCGAGCCCAAGUAUGUGAUCCGGUUGCAACAGCUGUCUGGGAUGAAGGGCUCCGUGGCUCAGCUCGCCCUCAGCCCACUGCCACUGCCGACUGCGGGCCUGGUUUCGACGACCGAGUUGCAAGAAAACGAGGCAACCGACGGGCCGCUCACGACGUCGGGGUCGAUGGGCCAAGGACGUAACUCGAUGCCGCUUCAGCAGACGGGGAUGCGGACACACUCGACGCUGGCGCUGGCGUUCGAGUCCGGCAAGAUCGAGUGCUUGUUACUUGGCACGGAGCUGGCGGAGGAAGCCAUUGACGAGGAGCGUGAGUUUGAAGAGUUUCUCAGGACGCUGGGGCUCAUGGCGGUCGAGUGAGCUGCGAGGUCUCAGGAGACGAUGCGUGGAUUUCAGCGCUCCCAAAACGAAAUGGAACACUGUUUCGAGCCAGAGUUGUCGCUUGUUUCUGGGUCCCGAAUACACCCAUCGCCGUGUCAAGUGCGG